GGUCCACACCGGCUCGCGAGGGAACCGCUCAGGCGCCGCCGCCCCAGCCCAGUGCGGACGACGGGAGAGAGGGAGGAGGAAGGAGAACACACUCGCUUGCCUGCUCCCACCCGCACUCGGGCUCCUAGAGCCGGCGCGGAGCCCAGGGGGAGGAGCCGCCGCGGGCACGCCCCGCCUCCGGCCCGGGAAGACGACGCCAGCGACCCCGCCGGCCGGCCACCGCCCCCCUCGCCGGCCGAGACCCGCCCCCGGCCCCGGCCCCGGCCCCGGCCCUCCCCCGGCGGCAUGGAGGGGCCCAGCUCUUGACGGCAGCGCCGCCGCCUCGGCCCCCGCCCCCCCUCCCGGCCCCGCCCGCCUGCCCGCCCCCGCUCGCAUGUCCGCGCCGCCUUAGCCGAGGAUGCUGAGGAUGAAGCUGCCGCUGAAGCCGACGCACCCCGUGGAGCCGCCGCCCGAGGCGGAGGAGCCCGAGGCAGACGCACGGCCGGGCGCUAAGGCGCCGCCGCGCCGCCGCCGGGACUGCCGCCCCCCGCCGCCGCCUCCCGCGGGCCCGCCGCGGGGCCCCCCGCCGCCGCCGCCGCCGCCGCCGCCGCCCCGGGGGCUCGGGCCGCCUGUUGCUGGCGGAGCAGCGGCGGGGGCGGGCAUGCCGGGCGGCGGCGGCGGGCCCGCGGCGGCGCUGCGCGAGCAGGAGCGGGUGUACGAGUGGUUUGGGCUGGUGCUGGGCUCGGCGCAGCGCUUGGAGUUCAUGUGCGGGCUGCUGGACCUGUGUAACCCGCUGGAGCUGCGCUUCCUCGGCUCGUGCCUGGAGGACCUGGCGCGCAAGGACUACCAUUACCUGCGCGACUCGGAGGCUAAGGCCAACGGCCUCUCGGACCCCGGGCCGCUGGCCGACUUCCGAGAGCCCGCCGUGCGCUCGCGCCUCAUCGUCUACCUGGCGCUGCUGGGCUCGGAGAACCGUGAGGCCGCCGGUCGCCUGCACCGCCUCCUGCCCCAGGUGGACUCGGUGCUCAAGAGUCUGCGCGCGGUUCGGGGCGAGGGUUCGCGGGGCGGCGCGGAGGACGAGCCCGGCGAGCGCGGGGAGGACGGCGAAGGCGAGGAGGACGCAGAGAAGGACGGUUCCGGCCCGGAAGGCAGCGGCGCCGAGCCCCGGCCCGGCGGCGGGCUGGGCUUCAGGGCCCAGGAGGAACUGCUGCUGCUUUUCACCAUGGCUUCGCUGCACCCGGCGUUCUCCUUCCACCAGCGGGUCACCCUGAGGGAGCACCUGGAGAGGCUCCGCACCGCGCUCCGCGGGGGGCCCGAGGACGCAGAGGUGGAGGUGGAGCCGUGCAACUUUGCCGGCCCCCGGGCCCAGAGUGACUCCGCUCACGGUGACUACCUGCAGAGUCACGAGGCCAGCAUACUGGCACGAGCCCUGAUACCUCAUGACGGACUUCCUGCGGCGCCGCACAGAGCCCAGCGAGAAGCUGUGCACAUCGAGAAGAUAAUGUUGAAAGGAGUCCAGAGAAAAAGGGCUGACAAAUAUUGGGAGUACACCUUCAAAGUAAAUUGGUCUGAUCUUUCAGUCACAACAGUAACAAAAACCCACCAAGAACUACAAGAAUUUCUACUGAAGCUCCCAAAGGAAGUGUCUUCCGAGACUUUUGACAAGACCAUCUUAAGAGCCCUGAAUCAGGGUUCGUUGAAAAGGGAAGAACGGCGACAUCCUGACCUAGAGCCCAUCCUAAGGCAGCUAUUUUCAACUUCAUCCCAAGCUUUUCUACAGAGUCAGAAAGUGCACAGCUUCUUUCAGUCCAUAUCACCAGACCCUCUGCACAGCCUCAAUAACUUACAGUCCUCUCUGAAGACUUCUAAAAUAUUAGAACACUUAAAGGAAGACAGCUCAGAAGCUUCAAGUCAAGAAGAAGAUGUGUUACAGCACACCAUAAUCCACAAGAAACACACCGGCAAGAGUCCCCUUGUGAACACCAUUGGUACAAGUUGUUCUCCGUUGGAUGGGCUCACCGUGCAAUAUUCUGAACAGAACGGAAUUGUGGAUUGGAGAAAGCAGAGCUGCCCCGCCGUUCAGCACCCGGAGCACUGUGUGGCCUUAGCUGACCAGCAUUCAACUGAAAAACGAAGCUUAUCUUCAAUAAAUAAGAAGAAAGGAAAGCCACAAAUAGAAAAGGAGAAAAUUAAGAAAACUGACAACAGAUUGAAUAGUAGAAUAAAUGGUAUCAGACUCUCAACUUCCCAGCAUGCCCAUGGUGGUUCUGUGAAAGAUGUGAAUUUGGACAUUGGAUCUGGACAUGACACAUGUGGAGAAACCUCUUCAGAGAGUUACAGUUCUCCCUCUAGCCCACGACAUGAUGGAAGAGAAAGCUUUGAAAGCGAAGAAGAAAAAGACAGAGACACAGACAGCAAUUCUGAGGAUUCUGGGAAUCCGUCAACAACCAGGUUUACAGGCUGUGGUUCUGUCAACCAGACCGUCAGUGUCAAGCCACCUGUUCAGAUUGCUUCGUUAGGAAGCGACAACGGAGGCCUUCUAGGAGACCCCCUACAUGCGCCCAAGUAUCAGCAUAUUUCUUUUAUGCCAACUUUACACUGUGUCAUGCACAAUGGUGCCCAGAAGUCUGAUGUUGUCGUCCCUCCACCCAAAUCCGCUGACGGCAAGACAAUAGGGAUGCUCGUUCCCAGUCCCGUUGCAAUUUCUGCAAUAAGGGAGUCCACGAAUUCUACCCCUGUUGGAAUACUGGGGCCAACAGCUUCUACCGGAGAAUCCGAAAAACACCUCGAAUUACUGGCUUCCCCUUUACCUCUUCCGUCGGCGUUCCUCCCGCACAGCAGCGCCCCUGCUCUGCACCUGACAAUUCAGAGGCUAAAGUUGCCGCCGCCACAGGGGUCCUCCGAGAGUUGCCCGGUUAACAUCCCGCAGCAGCCACCCGCGAGUCUGAGCAUCGGAUCACCAAACACUGCCUUUAUCCCUGUCCAUAGCCCAGGUAGUUUUCCGGGAUCUCCUGUGGCUACCACGGACCCCAUCGCAAAAUCUGCAUCCCAGGUGGUAGGACUCAAUCAAAUGGUGCCUCAAAUCGAGGGAAACACUGGGACAGUCCCUCAGCCUACCAAUGUGAAGGUAGUUCUCCCAGCAGCCGGCCUUUCGGCCGCACAGCCACCAGCUUCCUACACCUUGCCGGGCUCCCCGCUUGCUGCCGGCGUGCUGCCCAGCCAGAAUUCCAGCGUGCUCAGCACGGCGGCGGCGUCGGCCCAGUCCGCGGGUGCGGGCAUCAGUCAGGCCCAGUCGGUUCCUCCCGCGGUUCCCACCCACACCCCAGGCCCCGCCCCCAGCCCGAGCCCCGCUUUGACACACAGCACCGCGCAGAGCGACAGCACGUCUUACAUCAGCGCUGUGGGAAACACGAACGCUAACGGGACAGUAUUGCCGCCGCAGCAGAUGGGCUCGGGUCCUUGCGGUUCUUGCGGGCGAAGGUGCAGCUGCGGGACCAACGGCAGCCUUCAGCUGAACAGUUACUAUUAUCCCAACCCGAUGCCCGGACCAAUGUACCGAGUCCCGUCGUUCUUUACUCUGCCAUCCAUCUGCAACGGCAGCUACCUCAACCAAGCACAUCAGAGCAAUGGAAACCAACUUCCUUUUUUUCUGCCUCAGACUCCGUAUGCGAACGGCCUGGUGCACGACCCGGUCAUGGGGAGCCAAGCCAACUACGGCAUGCAACAAAUGGCGGGGUUUGGGAGAUUCUACCCUGUGUAUCCAGCACCUAACGUAGUUGCCAACACGAGCGGUUCGGGGCCCAAGAAGAACGGGAACGUUUCAUGUUACAACUGCGGUGUAAGCGGGCACUACGCACAGGAGUGCAAGCAGUCGUCCAUGGAGGCCAGUCAACAAGGCACUUACAGACUGAGAUACGCACCUCCCCUCCCCCCUUCUAAUGAUACGUUGGAUUCUGCAGACUGAAACGCGUAAAGCUUGACUGCUUAAUACCCUGACGUGUUGGGGAGUCAUGGUGGGGUGUGGAGGGGAGGAAAGGAAAGGUAUUUUGUUUGUGUUUCUUUGUCUGUACAUUUCCUAGAUUUCUAUGCACUUGGGGUUUUUCAUUUCUGUUGUACUGAUGUCCAAAACAAAAAAGAAUGCGUUGCUUUUGAGCCUCUGGUCUCCUGGUUCAACAACAGGCUUAUCUGUAUGAUACAUGUAAUUUAAACCUCCAAACUAUCAAAAGGAAAAUGUUUGCUGUGCUUUUUUUUUUUUUUACACUGAAUACUUGCUGUGUGCAAUGUUUACUGAAUCUUUAAAACUGUGUAUUUGACCUUUUUUCUUUUUUUUUUUUUUUACAACACUGGUGACAGUCAUAUGGUUUUGAAAAAGAGAAACUUUGCUUCUUCCCAGCUUUUCUCACUUUCACCGCAAAGGACACACGUCUCCCCGCCACCCCCUUUCCUGUGGCCUGUAAAUCCAGGGUGAAGUGCUUCACCUUCAUCUGAGAGGAGAAAUCAAGUUCCCCAAAUCGUGUGUAUAUAUGUAAUAAACAGCAUCACGUAAAUACAUAUAUGCAGUGCUUGUUGUCCAAAUCAAAAUUCAAGUUAAGUGGAAGAGAGCGGAAGAAGUAAAACCAUAUGAAACUGAAAAAAUAUGAUGUAUGAAGCGGACAAAGAGCUUUUUCUUAAAAAAAAACAAAACAACAACAAAAAAAGUUUUUACUUCGUCAUACUUUUUUAGCCUGUUGCUUCAGAGAGACAUAAAGUGAACAAACGUGUGAGUGUCGUGUGUGUGUGUGUGUCUGUGUCUGUGUCUGUGAUGAAAGUCGACGGCUGAUCUCUCUUGUAGUCUGUCACCAUGUCGUGCUAAAGAGACACUACCGGAGUAAAGAUUGCUUCUUUUCUCACGCCGACUGUAGCAGUGAUACGUUGUGUUCGAGAUGUGUGUGGUCUGUUGCAGUCCGAGCGGAAGCUCUGGUUUCUGCGAAAGUCAGGUUCGUUCUCUAACCCGUCUCUCUCGUCGCAAAGUCACUUUGAUAAGUUUCCCACUCUGCGUGAUCAUAAUGUGAAAGACUGGCUUCCGAGUGUGUUCAGACAGUAGUAAGCAUGUCUGUGUCCUGUCACUAAGUUUAAUGCUGCUGUUUUCAAAAAAAAAAAAAAAAAAAAAAAAAAAAAGUUUUUUUUAAAGCCAAUCUAUGUACUAAAUUGCUUCCAGGUAAUUUUUGAUUUCCUAAAGUGCACUGAGAUUAUCUGGAAGCCUUGGGUGUAUUUUUGGAACUGCUGCAUUCAACAGCGAUGAGCAUCUGCCCCCGUACAGUCAGGGGUUCAGGGUCGGGCUGGUUUUGUUUUCCCAUUCCUCAGUACAGAGCAGAAGGGAUAGAUUCGUGUCGUGUGGGGCAGUGUCAGUGCCCAGCAGAGGAACUUAAAUACUUGGUCUGGGUUCAGAAGCCCAACAGAUUGCUAGAUAAAAGGAAAAACUUGAAGAAAAGAGAAGCUUCAUUUAAUGCUUCAUGGGUAGCAUUUAUAUUUAUAACAGCAAUGUACAUUUUGAAACUAACUUUCAGGGUGGGAGUUUGGGGGGAAGGGAAAGGGGUGGGUGUCAAGGGGUAGAUGAAAGCUUUAAUUUAAAGAAGAAAGUUCGCAUAAAGGAAAUUAUUUUGAUUAAAUAUAUUUUAUUUGAUCUGGGUAUUUUUGGACCACAUUAUUAAAUUAAUUGCUAAGCUGCCGUUGAGUUGUUCCAAGUGAGAGUUUUGAUGAGCCACGUAUGGGCCGUGUUGGGAACCACUUGCCAGUUGUACUUUAUGGAGCUUAUUUUAUGAUUUAAAAUACUGUACUGUAUAUAGGAGGUAUGUUACCUUCUCCUUAUUUGUAUGUUUACCAUAUACUUUGAUAUUUGAAAUGUUAUGUACUGGAAAGGCCACUUAUAUUUCUAGAACAGAUUGGAUUUUAUGCAACCCUUUUUCCUUGAAUUAACAGCAAUAAAAAAAAUGAAAAACAGCUUAA